UAGCCCUUCACCUCCACAGCUAGCGAAGUCUGCAAAAGUGAAAGUCUCUGCUGCCUUGUCUGUUUUGCUGGCUCUUGGCUUCGCCAGGACUUGAAGUUUCUUCUUUCUUCGUCUACACCGUUAUCACUUCUCCCCCUGGACCCCAUUACUGAAGCCUGAUCACAUCGAGCGAUUCUUUACGCUGGUUAAUUUGUUGGUGCAUGGUUCUAACGGCGGAGUUUGUAGCAGAUUGGCACAAGGGGAUCUAAACCAGCGAGGUGGAAAGCAUGAGAGGUUCAGGAGUUGAAUUAGAUGCACGCAGUUGGGCAGUUACAGCACUGUUGGUGUACUCAUGCGCUGGAGCACUCCCCCUCCGGAAUCUCCAUCUUCUACUACGAUCAUAGAAUGGUGUAGUUCGCCACACAAGUUUUUUUUGUUUUUGUUUUUGGCGGCAGCUUUAAGUAGGCGAGAGAUAUUCAGAGGCCAGUUAUUUCAGCUGCGCAAUCGUGAAAGCCCAAAUAUUCAGCGAAGAUGGGAAGGGUUAAGUUAGAGAUUAAGAAGAUAGAGAAUCCUACAAACAGACAGGUGACGUACUCGAAGAGGCGUAAUGGGCUUAUUAAGAAGGCUUAUGAAUUGUCAGUGCUUUGUGACAUCGAUCUCGCACUCAUAGUGUUUUCUCCGUCGGGGAAGCUUACACAGUACAGUAAUUGCAGUAUCGAAGAUGUGAUCUCUAGGUUUGCCAACUUGCCAAUGCAUGAGCGGAACAAAAGUUUUGAGGAUAUGCUUACACGCUUCGCUAACUUUCAUAUGCAUCAUGAUCGUACCAAAUAUAAUAGAAAAAUCGAAAACUUGGAGUAUUUACACAAGUCAUUGAAGAAAUUAAAUGGAGAAAAAGACUCCGCAUCGAAUCAACUUCUCUUGGGAAACAAGGGUUACGAAGUUGGGUUAUUACAAGAAGAAUUGAAAAAGUCUCAGCAAGAGAAGGAGUUAGUGCAACAAAGAGCAAGGUUGUAUCUAGCGGACGAGCAGCUUCUACAGAACGUAACUUCUGUUCAGCAGCUUGCGAACAUGGAAACCGAGUUGGAGCAGGCACUCGAGCGAGUGCGUGCAAGGAAGAGUUACGUGAGCAGUGCUUAUCAAGUCUCCAGCGCAAUGCAAAGACAGCAACACGAGUUCCUAGGCAACAGCUAUCAGCAGAUGAUGGUACUACGCCAACAGCAGGCUCAUCAACAUCAUCAUCAGCAGCAGCAGCAACAACAACAGAAGGCUCAGCAUCAGCAUCAGCAGCAGGGAGGUAUUCCAGCAGCAGCACAACAGUUGCCAUUCUUGCAGUGGAACGGCGCACAAGAGCGACCGGAGGCGACGCUUCAGGACUUCAUGGAACAGCAAACUAAUACUAGCCAGGCUAUCGUGCCAUCACAGAUGUCUCGGGAAGUGGUGAGCCAAAGAGAAGUGAGUCCAUCAAAUAACGGUUUCUUCCCAGGCACAGCAUCACAGUCCACUCUGCACAACCUGGGGCAGAUCGGUCAGCUCGUGGGAGCAAACCGAGGAAUAUCAAUGCAUGACAUGGCCCUGGAACAGCGUGGUGGUCAGCACGAGGAGCAAAAGAAAGCUAAGCUUGAAAUAACGAAGAACAUGGGAUUUGCAUCGUCAAGUAGCAGUGGAGGAGCAGCUGCAGAAGGAUCUGCGGAAACUAAUCUGAAUCAAACCUUCAACAACCAAACUGAACAAGUGCAUGGCAACGCCAAUGCUUCCAACUGGCAUCAGGCUAACCACCAAGCUCAGGCUUACAUCAACUCUCAGUACCCAAACGGAUUCUUUAAUCAGAACGCAGAUGCGUGGAAAUGAUAUACGCUAAUUAAUGCAUCGUCACAUAACAGAGGUAGGUCAAAAUUGAAUGGUUCAAACGCGGAUGACAUCAGGGAUGAAGUGAAGAGAGAACACUAUGCUCUUGCCAGUGGAGAUUCACAUCAGAGUAUUUAAACAAUUGCGUAACGAGAUCACUCUGAAGAGUUGGCAGGGUUGGAGGCUUGGAGCAGCAAUCUGUAAUGAGACACAUGUGUCUUCCUUUAGAGUAUCAUCUGUCUCAUCCCGGAUUGUCACUAGUAUCAUUAGCUCAAUUUAGUGAAAAUGAGACUUGAAACUUUACCUUAGAAAGAUAUAGCUCAGGUUAGCUUUCAGAUAUAGAAUCGGAACUCGUGGGUGAACGGAAACUGAAUAUCAGUAUUGAGGUGCAAACGUUGUGUACAUGUUCAAGGCUUUUGGUGUGGGACAAUGGCCCAUGCCCAGUCUUUUGGUUAGAGUUGAACCAGCCUAGUAAAGUAUUUUCUCAUUUCACAAUAAGCCGAGACAUAUCACUUGCCACUGUAAGUUAAAUAUCGUCGCUACUUA